AUGCAGCGCUUCGGAUGUGCGCCGCCCGUCCUUCGUUCCUUGCGGACACCUCUUCCUGUUCCUCCUCGCGUCCCCGUACACCUCCGCAAACGCUACUCAAGCCUGCGCCCGGCCACAGCAGUCAUCGGACCAUGCAGGCAACCCGGCAGGGCGGCAGCAGCUGCAGCCACAGGUGGCAACAGCGGCCAUUUUACGAAAAGGAGGGAGAGCACUCUCCUUAAGCCCGACUCGGCCAGCUGGGUGCAGCCGGUGGACCUGUCCGGCACACAGGAACGUCUCGCAUCGUGCCGGGGCAAGAUCGCCGUGGUGACGGGCGGGGCACGGGGCAUUGGAGCACAGAUCGCCCUCGGACUGGCCGAAGCGGGCGCCAUCCCGGCCAUCUUCGACAUCUUGGACGAGCCUGUCGCAGCGGAGUUCGCGCCCAUCUUGAAGGCUUGCCCGCAGACCAAGUACUACAAGACCGAUGUCUCCUCCCCCGACUCUGUCGCCGCUUCUUACAAAGCCGUCAUAUCGGACUUCAACCGCGUCGACAUCUGCGUCGCAGCCGCCGGCCUCAUUCGGGAAACGGCUUUCGUCGACGUGCCGCAGGAGGAGCUGGCUCUGCAGACCCAGGUGAAUAUAAACGGCGUCUUCAACACGGUGCAGCAGGCGGCCAAGCAGAUGAUCUCCCAGGGCACCGGCGGAUCGUUACUCGUCAUCGCGUCCAUCGCAUCGCACCGCGCUCUACGCGGCCAGCUGGGGAGCGUCUACAUCAUGACCAAGUGCGCGGUGCGCGGGCUGGUCAAGCAGGUGGCCAUCGAGCUGGGCCAGUAUGGGAUCAGGAUCAAUUCGCUGUCGCCCGGCUACGUGCAGACGAAGCUGGCUGUCGAGAUCGCCACGCCGGAGAAGGUGGAGAGGUGGAAUGCGGCGUCGCCGCUCGGCCGCAUGGAGAGGCCGGAUGAGUUGAAGGCUCCUGCCGUCUUUCUCUGUAGCGAUGCGGCCAGCUUUGUCACGGGCACGGAUCUUCUGGUCGAUGGUGGUGCCACGACGUGA